CAGAAUAGGGUCUUCUCUCCGAGCGCGCCGCAUCUCUGGGAUUUUGAUUGAAUUAGUCAAUAAAUCGAAAUUCUUUUUUGCUUUUACGCGUCUCUCGGUUUUAUUCUAAGACUAUCUUAUUCUUCUUUUUUUGCCACUUGAACCUUUUCAGUGUCUGUUUUAAAUCAGAUCCUGUCUUCUAAUAGACUAUCAAUUCAUUUUCUAUUCAUAUAACAAAUAACCCAAAUAUUCUUAAGGAUCAGAAGAUUUUUUUUGUGAAGAAAUCGUCCGGACGGUUGCUGUUUCUUUUGUCACUGAAGGGAUUUUACAGGCAUCCUGCCACAUCUUCACAAGUUCCAACAUGGCCAGUGAGAAACAACCCACUGCCAGAACUGAGAUGAAAUGUUUAAACGCUGCGCAUGACGACGACAGCAGCAGCUCCAACAGCAAUGAAUACCCUUAUCCAGACUAUGUGAAGAAGGUCCCGCUGGACAGCCAAUACCCUGAUCUGGACGCAGAGAACCAAAACUUCCUCCCUGAACAUAACCUGGGCAAGAAGAAGUAUGAAACUGAAUAUCAUCAGGGCAACGCCUCCUUUGGCAUGUCUGUCUUCAAUCUGGGCAACGCCAUCAUGGGCAGUGGCAUCCUGGGUCUGUCCUACGCCAUGGCCAACACCGGCAUCGCCCUCUUUGUGAUUCUCCUCGUGGCUGUCGCUAUCUUCUCGUUGUAUUCUGUCCACUUGCUGCUGAAGACGGCCAACGAAGGAGGUGCUCUGGUUUAUGAGCAGCUGGGUUACAAAGCCUUCGGGAUACCUGGAAAACUGGCAGCCUCCUGCUCCAUCACCAUGCAGAACAUCGGAGCCAUGUCAAGCUACCUCUACAUCGUCAAGUACGAGCUGCCCCUCGUCAUUCGAGCUUUUACGGGAACCGAAAAUGGAGAAUGGUACACUAACGGAGACUACCUGGUGCUGCUGGUGACGAUUGCCAUCAUCCUGCCCCUCUCACUUCUCAGGAACUUGGGUUACCUUGGUUACACCAGUGGUCUGUCCCUGCUCUGCAUGGUGUUCUUUCUGAUUGUGGUGAUCAUCAAGAAGUUCCAGAUUUCUUGCCCCCUGCCUGUUGACAUGGAGGCUAUGAAUGAAACCCUCGGCAGAAUACUGAACGGCACUUCGCCUGACCUCAACUCCUCCGCUGUGGACUACAGCGAAGACGCCUGCAGGCCCAAAUACUUUGUCUUCAACUCACAGACUGUCUACGCUGUUCCCAUCUUGACCUUCGCCUUCGUGUGCCACCCCGCCAUCCUGCCCAUGUACGAGGAGCUCAAAGACCGUUCCCGCAGAAAGAUGCAGGGUGUUGCUAACGUGUCCUUCCUGGCCAUGUUCAUCAUGUACCUGCUGGCUGCCCUCUUUGGAUACCUGACCUUCAACUCCCACGUUGGCCCUGAGCUGCUGCACACCUACUCCAGGUACUACAAGUUCGAUGUGCUUCUGCUGAUCGUCCGUCUGGCCGUGCUGACCGCCGUCACCCUCACCGUCCCCGUGGUGCUCUUCCCCAUUCGUACCUCCGUCAACCACCUCCUGUGCCCCACUAAGGACUUCAGUUGGAUCCGCCACACUGUCAUCACUGUGGUCCUGCUGGCUGGAACCAACGCCCUGGUCAUCCUGGUCCCCACCAUCAGGGACAUCUUUGGCUUCAUUGGCGCUUCUGCUGCUGCCAUGCUCAUCUUCAUCCUGCCCUCCGCUUUCUACAUCAAGCUGGUCAAGAAGGAGCCCAUGAAGUCUGUGCAAAAGAUUGGGGCCACCCUCUUCCUGAUAUGCGGCUUCAUCGUCAUGAUCGGCAGCAUGACCCUCAUCAUCCUGGACUGGAUCCACAACGCCUUACCCAGCCCGGUCACGAAGGCCGACGGACACUAAAGCUCCAGCUCUCCUGCUGCGUCCUGCCGGAGGAGAGGAGGCUCUCCGCGCCGGGCUGCUACGACCGCGCAACCAA